AUGGGACAGGAGAAGGAUAAGACAAGAUAUCUUUCGGCAAAAGCACAAAAGAGCGCCAUGAUGCCGCGAGAGGACCUGUCCCUGAGGGAGGAGUUCUCCUACAGCCACAUGUCUCUGGAGCGGGGAGGGGGGAACCUGGGGAGCCUGGGCCGCCGUGGGGACCGGAGCCUGGACCGGGGCCUGGACCGGAGCCUGGACAGGAGCAUGGACAGGAGGCUGGACCGAAGCGUGGAGCGGACCAUGGAGCGGAGGCUGGAGCGGGACAGGGGCGACCGGCCCGAGCUCCACGACAGUUACACGGUGGAGGUCAGAGCCAGCGACCUGCAGCUGUCGCCCCAGCCGCCCCUCAAGCACCCCUGCCUCACCUGCCGGGCCUGGCUCUACAGCGUGGUGAUUGGGGGCUGCUUGCUCAUCACCUCUGGGUUCUCCUUGUACCUUGGAAAUAUCUUUCCCAUCGCAAUGGACUACCUUCGCUGUGCUGCUGGCUCUGGUCUGCCAGCUGCAAUAGCUAGUUUCGCCAUCGCAAAGAACAGAUAUGUUGCAGUUUCAGAUUUCCAGGUGGUCUAUGUUUCCACCUUUGCAGUGACAACCACGUGUCUGGUCUGGUUUGGAUGUAAACUCGUCCUCAACCCGUCGGCUGUAAAUAUCAACUUUAACCUGAUCCUGAUGAUCGUGCUGGAGGUGCUGAUGGCCUGCACCGUGAUCCUGUCGGCUCGCUCCGCUGAGGACUGCUGCUGUCACAGAAAGUCUGGGGCCAGUGAUAGAUACAUGGAGAAACCUGCAAAAUUUCCUCGAAGACUUCUCAAGGCAUAUUCUGUGAUUGAAGUGAUCGUGGGAAUCUCGGCUGUUUUUGGAGGAAUUAUUGCCCUGAACAUGGACGCCUUGUUGCCGGGGCCCUAUCUGUCCGUCACAUUCUUCUGGAUCCUCGUUGCUUGUUUCCCCAGUGCCAUUGCCAGCCAUGUUGUCUCUGAAUACCCCAACAAAUGUCUGGUGGAGGUGUUGAUCGCCAUCAGCAGUGUCACGUCCCCGCUGCUCUUCUCCGCCUCCGGCUUCCUGUCGUGCAGCGUGAUCAGCUUUAUUGAAAUAUUCUUGUACGACGUGCCCACAGCCAAGCAGUCGUACGACAUCCUGCUGCUCAUUCUGAUGGUGCUGCUGCUGGUGCAGGCGGUUUUGACUUCAGCCACGGUGGUCCACUGCGCCUCCUACAAGAGUCAGCUACGCAGGAGGCCAGCGGAGUAUGAGGAGGGACACGAUAUGCAAUUCUGUGAGCAGCCAGCCUCCAACGGCCCACUGCAGGAUUUCGACAAAGACAGAGCCUGGAAGGCGGUUGUGGUCCAAAUGGCACACUGA